AUGGUGCGAAAUAUCUGUGACGCUCAGCUUUUUGUCACUGGAGAUCGUAGGUUCAGUCCUCUAGAGAUUCGGAUUAUUGCCUCUGAUAGACGUCAGAACUACCUUGCUCAGUUCAGUCCUCUAGAGAUUCGAAUUAUUGCCUCUGAUAGACGUCAGAACUACCUUGCUCAGUUACAUGUGCCCAUCAGAACACUUGGAAAAAAGAGCUCUCGAAGUUCCACUGUGGAUGAAAUCAUAGUCAAGGAGGCAUUGGAUUACUGGAACUGUCUUAAUCAUACUACGAGAAAAAGAUACGUCAUGCUUCUCGAAGACGAUGCACUUGUUAUUCCAGAAUUUGCUAGAAUGAUGGCUUCAGUGAUGGAGCAUCUAGAUGAAGAUGAAAGCAUUGAUUAUGUAAAGAUGUAUCAUCCAAACCAUUUGAGAAAGAUUCCAUCUAUCCCCUUGGUGUGUUUAUUCAAAAAUUAUUUAAAAAACAAUAAAUUGGGUCAUUAA